AAGAAGAGGCAGCCGCCAAGAACUAACCAAAAAAUCUUUGUCCAAUUCAAAGUAGAGAACGGGCUAACAUCACCUUCACCAAUAUUGACCUUACUGAUAACAUCCAAUCAAAUUUGCGACAAAUUAUAGAUUGCUACAUAUGACACCCUGUGAACUGAGAAGCUGACUGUGAUAGAAAUUCAUCACAGACAGACACACCAAACAGGAACCACAAUUUGUAUCGAGAAGUUUUCAUGGUCUUAGUUACUCCUUGAGGUUCUUAAACUUCCCUGAACAAGGUUUUGCUUCUUCAGGCCUUUCAUGGUGUUGAGACCAGCAGCAACAAAUUAUAGAGUGCAAAACAUGGGAAAGAAACUGGAUGCUCUUUUCCGGAGGAAACUCAAGACCUCUAGAUUAAGUUCUCUAGCAAAACUAGCAAUAUCUAGGAUCGUCAUCCUCAAGAACCAGAGACAAGCCAGGCUUUCCCUUGCAAAGUCUGAUGUUAUUCAGCUCCUUAACCUUGGACACCAAGAAAGAGCUCUACUUCGCGUUGAGCAUGUCAUCAAGGAUCAGAAUAUGCUGGGUGCUUUUGAUAUGAUGGAGGAUUACUUACAUUUCCUGAUCGAAAGAGUUGCUCAACUUGAAACAAACAAAGAGUGUCCUGAGUUCAAGGAGGCAAUAUCGAGCUUGAUCUUUGCAUCUUCCAGAUGUGGUGAGUUUCCAGAGUUGCAAGAGAUUCGUGGAGUUUUCACAUCGAGAUUUGGAAAAGAAUUCGCUGCUUGUGCUGUCGAGUUGCGCAGAAACUGCGGAGUGCAUCCUAAUAUAAUACAAAAUCUUUCUGCAAGACAACCAAGCUUGGAAAACAGAAAGAAACUGCUGAAGGACAUUGCAGCUGAGAAUGGUAUCAUCCUGCAUUUGGAGGAAGAUUCUCCUGUAGUUGCACAAGAAAAUCUGCAUGUCGACCAGCCAAAGGAGCAGCAGCAUGAAUAUAAAUCAGUCAAGGUAGAUGCUACCGAGUACCAAGCCAGAACCCACGUUUUGCCUGAGGAGGAGCUGUCCGGAUCAUUGAAAGGAAGGAAGUACAAAGAUGUAGCUUCAGCAGCUCUAGAGGCUUUUGAAUCAGCAGCUUACGCAGCACAUGCUGCAAGAGCUGCCGUUGAACUCUCAAGAUAUGAAUCUCAGGACAAUGAACAAUAUGGUCAUGUCUAGUCAUGGAUAAGGGAUUGUGUAUGAUUCUGAUGGGUCGUUGACACCUGAACUUCGAAGGAUAUAUGAAGCUUCGAAUGAGAGUAUGCAAUCAAAAGAUAGGUUGGUAUUUGACAAAAUCCAUAUCAUUGACAAUAUCAAUCCUGAAUCGGUAGCUGAAAACAUGAAAUAAAAUGGAAGAGUGAAUCUCAAGGUGUUUGAAGAGAGCACAACAAAACCUGUAUUUGAUAGGACACCAUUUAAUUCAAGUCCGAAUUCUAACAAUGAUGUGAUAGUUCAGUUUUU